GAGUGGAGAAAACUUCUCCCCGAAGGAGGCAUGCCCACAUGUAACCCACAAAAAGGCUUCACGUUUCUUCUCGGAAUGUCACUGGGGCUAGGUUCUUUCGGUGCUCUCUCUGCGCAACUUCCAUUAUUUAAGGCCUUAUAAAGAGAAUUUUUUAGAUACCUAUAAUUUUAGUAUCAAAAAGAAAGUUGGGGGUUAAGCAUCUGAUUUGGGAAUUUAAUUAACGGAAGCUUCAAUGGAUUUUGAUAGAUACUUUGGUUUAUCUACUUCUUCAAACGACUGCCACUCUACUAUCAAGUCUCAAUUUGAUGUUUGCAUUGAUUUCGAGGAAGAUGAUGAGGAAGUGAAGGGGGAAUAUUUUUGCCCAUUCUGUUCAGAGGAUUUUGAUUUUAUUGGAUUGUGUUGCCAUAUCGAGGAGGACCAUCGAUCAGAAGUAAAUUCUGGGGUAUGUCCUAUUUGCCUUUUGAACGAGGGGAUGAAUACUGUUGGACAUAUUGCAUCACAUCAUGGAAACAUUUCUAAUAAGAGUUGGCACAAAUUGAAACAUAAUAAAGGCGAGUCUCAUUCAACUUUAUUAACUUUGACGAAGGAAUUGCAAAAUGUGCAUUUCCAAUCUCUUCUUUCUAGGUCAUCGUCUUCAGUUUCCUCCAGAAUGGCUCUUGAUCCCUUGCUAUCAUUUGUUUACAUCACUCCUACUGCUGAUGUGUCUGAAAGUGUACAUGCUGAUUCAUCAAUUGGAGAAAAUGCAGAAGAGAAAACCUUAUACAAGAAAACAUUAGAUAUAAAUGUUAUUCAAUCAGCCUUAUCAGACAAGGACCAUGUGGAGAGGGCAAAGAGGUGCGAAUUUGUACAGGGACUCAUGUUAUCCACCAUCUUCGAUGAUGACUUGUGAACAAGACACAUUAAAAUUGGAUUGACUGUUGUAGGGACAAGUUCGCAAACCAUUGUCUGUGAAAUGUGUCAAUAGCAUGAUAGAAAAAGCUUGGUCAGAUGUAGGAAUUUGAUGUAAUGAUGAAAAACUUGAUGUAGCCAAAUUGCGACAAGAAUCACAUUCUUAUAUCCCAUAUCAUUUAAAGCUUUAAGAAGAAGCAAGCAUCAUUAUUAUGCUUUACGCUGA